GCUUUCUGGAAUUUCUUUUUCUUUCUUGCUCCUUUGUAUUUGUUGCUAUUUGUUGCUUUCCCAUUCCCUGGCCAGUAGAGCUUGAGAAUGCUUGAGAAUCCCUAUUCCUGGGAUGUCCUGGCUGCCGCAAUUGGUAUUGUCUACCUUCAAGUGUAGUACUCUUUGAAAAGUAUCACAUAUCAAUAUUGCCUGCCAUUUUUUGUUGAAAAUGUCCAUUAGUUCCCCUCCAACUGGUUUUAGAAUGCAAUCGGCUAGGAAGCUGUCAGAAACUUCGAACGGUUUUCUAGUAUGUAAUGUAUUUGACUCCUUAUAAGUAAAAGAACUAUGCAUAUAAUCGGCACGAGCGAUGUGAGGCAUCGUCGAGAAAGGUGGCCGAGGGGCGAAAGAGACUAAUUUUGUCGUUCGGGUGACACGCUUCUGGAAACUGUCCUCUCGAGGACGUGGUGCUUACCCAUUCGAUUGCAUCAUUUCCCGAAGACAUGCGGCAUCGCAAUAACGGUACAGGGUACACGGAAAGGGUCUCACGAUGCAGCCCGUUCCUAGUUUAGGAUCCCAGCUUCCUCUAUUUAACGACAGAUCCUGCCCGACGGCCCUUUCGCGACGAUGCCUCCCACACCCGACGUCGUCAUCGCGACGUGACCUCACGCCAACUGCCGGCAGAGUCCCGGCGAGAUGGCCCCUCAGUACGCCCUUCUGGUGGUCGACGUACAGCACCGCUUCCGAGGGAUGGCGGAAGCGAUGGGGAUCAUCCCGCGCGUGGCGCAACUAGUCAGGGUCUGCCACGAGAAGGGCGUGCCCGUCGCCUUCAUCCAGCAUCACGACGUGCCGGGCUCGAGCUCCAAACUCCUCGACUGGUGGAAAGCGCCCAUCAUCAAAGGGAGCGAGGACUGGGAGCUGCUCCCGGAAAUGAAGGAAGUACUGGACCCGGAAAAAGACAUCCGGAUCCAGGAGAAAACCAAGUACGACUCGUUCUACGAGACGAAGCUGGAGGAGGAACUACGCUCGCUCGGCGUGAACGCCGUCGUGGUGGUCGGGGCCAUGACCAACCUCUGCUGCGAGACCACGGCCCGGUCCGCCUUCUGCAGGGACUUCGAUGUCGUGUUCCUCGAAGACGGUAAUGCGACGAUGGAUGCGAAGUACCACGAGGCGACCUUGCUCAAUCUGGGCGUGGGGUUUGCGAAGGUCAUGACAGCGGCUGAAUGCGAGAACAUCCUCUAAGAACAAUGAUUUUUUUUUGCUGCCUUUGCUUCUUUUGCUAUUUACUUUUUUUGUUCCCUUUCCUUUUUUUCCAACAUAUUUUCCAACAUACUUCCCCCUUCUCCCCUUUU